AUAGUUAAUCAAUUCAAAAGUUCCUCAUUUGUGAAGAAAUUAAGCAUGUCUAGUCCUCUUCGGCUCGUCUUCCUUCCAUGCCUGCUCCUCUUUGUCGUUCUCGCAGCUCUCUUCCGUUCAUCUCAGGCCGAUGUUGGUACCGCUGCACAAUACAGACCACCUUAUCUACCUACGUCCUGCUAUGGUAGCGAUGCGUCGCAGUUUCCGUCGAGCAACUUGUUCGGGUCAGCCGGAGAAGGAAUAUGGGACAACGGAGCAGCCUGUGGAAGGCAGUAUCUGGUGAGGUGCAUAAGCGCCGCUGUCCCGAAAACUUGCAUUCCGGGGAAGACGAUUCAGAUCAAGAUUGUGGAUCGCGCUCUUUCUUCUGUGUCUAGGCCUUCGAGGAAUGACGCUACCAUGGUGCUGUCCACAACUGCAUUUGCCGCCAUCGCCAACUCUUCUGCUUCAUUUGUUAACGUCGAAUUCCAACAGGUUUGAAUCAAAAGGCAUGGAACGUGCAGAUUGUUGAUGAUCAAGAUCGAGACGCAGGCAGGGCCCCUUUAUACUAUCUAGAACUACUUACUGUCAUCGACUUAUUUGUUUGGUUACCUUAGCUAGCUACUCAUUACGUAGAAUUGGCUUUAUAUGUACGUCUUUUUU